UGAUGAUGGAAUGUUAGGUGAAAUUAAUCGCUUGAAGGCAAUUCAGCUAACUGAUGGUGGAUCCGAUUGUGAAGGUCAUUUGAUUCCAGUGGAUGGGUUCAAGGUCCGCGAAAAUCAUGAGCCUAAGUUUUAACUUGGUAUUGGGUGAUUGAAUGUAGGUAGAAGACAUAUAUUAAAUUAGGUGCAUUUUUUCGAGGAUAGAAGGCUCUAGAUUUGCGCUAUCUCAACCGUAUGGGGUCUCCACUUAGAGAUAUUAGCAAUGAAAUUCCUCUGUCCAGUUGUGUACAAGGGGAUAAUAGUUGUGGUUCAAGUGCGAGUAAACGCAAAAGGAAUUGUAUUGGGUUGGAUCCAAAUGCAACAGCUCCUAUUAAAAAAGCAGAUAGAAAAGACUUGGGAAAGAAGUCCAAUCGUGGACGUUCAAUUAGAAGACCUAAUAUGCAACGUUCAAAGAAAAGGAUCAAUAUGAUGGUGCACCUUGAAGAAGAUUUGAUGUGUUCAGAAAGUACUCAUAUAGAUGAUACAAACUGGAUUUACAGGAAUGCAAUUUUUGACUCUGCUGAAUCACAAUCGUAUCUUGAUUUUGGGGAUAUGAACAUGCCGUGUAAGCAUUGUGGAGCUAUUCUUUGGUAUCAAGAGAGGUCUGAAAAGACAAGAGAUUCUACUUCUCCGGACUUCUCUAUAUGUUGUAUGAAAGGGAAAAUUUUGCUACCAUAUUUGGCGGACUCCCCAUCAUUAUUGUAUAACUUGCUCACAGAUAAUGAUCCCAGGAGUCGUCAUUUUUUGGAGAACAUUAGAUCUUAUAAUAACAUGUUUUCCUUCACAUCAAUUGGAGGUAAAGUUGAUUGUGGUUUGAAUGAUGGACGUGGACCUCCUCAAUUUGUCAUAAGUGGACAAAAUUAUCAUCGAAUUGGCAGUUUACUCCCAUCUGAAGGUGAUAGUCCAAAAUUUGCUCAAUUGUACAUAUAUGAUACGAGGAAUGAGAUCCAUAACAGAAUGAAGCAUUUUAGGUAUGUUGUUGAUAGUAUAUGAAC